CAGCUGAGGAAUUUGCACAGUAUGCCUCGCGUCUCAAGGCUCUCCAGCUCUCUACAGCCUCUAUAUGUCCACCAGAUCAUGUUCUCGAUGCUGUUAAGAAGUCUUUCUGAUUAUCGCAUAUGAGCUGAAGCUAUGUGGAAGGACCGCCUGCUUCGUUUCUUCGGUCGCAAUCCUAAGAAGCACAAGGGUGUCUCAGGGUAUAUUGUAGCUGUUGAGAUAUUCAAGACGCCAUCCGAUGAAUUGCAUCCUUUGUCACUGAAAGCAGCAUAUGUACCUACGUACAAACGGCAUCGAAUGUCCCAAGCACUCGCGCAAAAGAUGGACCUCAACAUUGAUAAGGAUGGCAUGGCAGAAGCGCUUUGGAAGGAACAGACUGCCAACUCGAAAUCCUUCGUAUGCAAAAGCCGCUUCAUCAUCAUACCAGGUCUGCCAUGGGAUGUGGUGUUUGGAGACUACGAUAGCGGUGAGAUGUUUCGAGGGUGGUCUUGCCCUUUCCAGGGAGCCACCAAGCAUGAUUUUGGUGAUACACUGGAACUCUUGAAUGAUCCUGCACCGCAGGCAAAUCCGUGGGCGAAGUUUACGCAGCGAACAAUGUCUUGGGCUUCUUUCGAUCGGAUAAAGGAUACUUCGAGGCGCUCGUCAUUUCCUCUAAGAACUUCCAGGCGCACGCCCACCAUGCGUUCCCUCCUUGCAAAAAAUUCGCCAAAUCCUGGAAACGUUGCAAUUGCCACAAAUGGACCAGAUCCAAGAGUUGCCUUGGUCUCUUCCCAGAACAGAGCACAGCAUAUUUCGAGAGAGGGUGGGUACAGACCAGGAGAUCAAUUACAGAUUGAAGAAACAAGCUUGAAAGUGGUUCUGUCAAAUGUUACAGAAGAGGCUAAGACACCACCUGAGGAUACAAAUAAUCCGAAUAGCAUAAUGCGGGAGGUGGCGUAUCGAUCAUUGAAAGAUGGGCCACCUCCGCACCUCAGUGAUUCGACGGAAAGGAAACAAGGAUCUUCUCUAGAAGAAAACUUUCCAAUUAAUUCAGAUUUAGCACCGGUAGCUUUUGAUACGUUAAGUGGUGGAACGGAGAAGUUUCAAAACGGCUCGAUUGAGCAGCAAAACAGCCAAAAACUAAUCAAAAUGUUGACAAGUGAGGCUGAAAGAAGAGAGGCAACUACACCCCAGGUGGUUCUCGAACCUACCUCUAAAGUGAACGUGGCAGAACAUGUUAAGGAGAGCAGAAAAGAAUCUGCGAAUGUAAACAGAAAGAGGAUAGCGGUUGCAAUGCUCGAGGCAAGAGAGCAGGCAAAAAUCCACCUCGAGCAAAUGAGAGAUGUAAAAGCUGGAAGUUCGACAGGAGAUCGAUUUUCGAGCUCGGAACUUUCCCUGAUGGGAAACAAUAUCUGGGACUCCCCCAAAACUAUAACACGGCAUACUGUAAGCUCCGACGGGAGCAGUGUACCUCCUACUCUGAGAGCCGCAGGGCCUGAGAAGGCGAGUCGUGUCGGAUUAGAGAAUCUGACAUUAUCCGAUGUUGUGGAGCAUGUUGGAACUCAAUUCUCAGAGACAGCAGAGAUACCGCCAACACAUAGUGAACUUGCCUCUUACAAGGUGAAGCAAUUUCUCGAACAGGAUGCAGAAGAGAACGAAAGGGCCACUCACAGCGCCGAUCCAGGAAAUGGGUCUGCUCACACCUCAACCCAUGAAGCUCCCAGACCUAGGCGGAUAAAGAAUCAACGAAAUUUGCCCAAGAUUAGAAGGGCGAAGGCAAAGCAGCCAACGGCUGCUACGAAUUUGGAUGUAUCUGCACCACACUCGGAUGACUAUUGGACUUGGGAUGACACCGUGAAACAGCAUUUUCACGUUGAUUCGGAUACUCAGUCUAUAGUCUGGUAUGAAGACUCGGAGUCGGAUUCAGAAGGGUCUCUAAAGUCAAAUCGGUCAAUAACGCCUGCGAGCUCGCCCGUGGACGUUCCUACUACCCAUCAAAAUUUCUGAGAAUGAUGGUGUCUCUGCUAUCUGCGCGCCUCGUACAGUAGAUUGUGUGUAUACUCUCAGUACAUUCCACUCAUCAGGAGCUCUUCAAUGGACCUAUCUACGACUCUUUGCACACCCGUUCCAUCAAUAUAUCACAGAAACGUCCCUAAAGCUACAUCUAAAUCGAGAUCUUGGAACUGUCUUACAAUUUUUUUGGCAGACGGAUGAUUCUACUUCGAGUUGGUUUCAAUGCUUUGGCAAUAUGCUCAUGCUCUUAGGUGUUGAGUAUCUGGGCCAGAUGACCCUUGGUCUCGCUGGAUUCAUGGAAAUUCUUCUGCUGUCUCAUAUAAAUACUCAACACACACCUUGGAUAUUCGGUGGAUUCCA